UUACAAUCUGAGAGCGGAAGCUCCCGCAAAUGCUCGAUCAAGACACAGAUGACGAUAGUAGCUUCAGGCGCCCAAAGAGGCACAGAGCUGAUUUCAGGCCACCAAGCGGAGCAAGAAGUGAUGAUGAUGGUGACGGCCAAAUGCAAAGUUCGCCUGGACGAUCACAGAGUGGACGCUCAAAUGAUGAUGUGCCAAUGACUGAUCAAACAGAUGAUGAUCCAUAUGAUGAUGAAUAUGAUGAGGAUGGUGAGCUCAAUAUGUAUCGUGUCCAAGGAACAUUGAGGGAGUGGGUCACAAGAGAUGAAGUGCGGCGAUUUAUUGCAAGAAAGUUUAAAGACUUCCUGCUCACUUACAAGAAUAAGCAUGGAGAUUUAGAAUAUAUCCGGUUGAUAAAUGAGAUGGUUCUAGCUAAUAAGUGUAGUUUGGAGAUUGAUUACAAGCAGUUCAUUUAUAUUCAUCCAAAUAUUGCUAUUUGGCUUGCUGAUGCACCUCAAUCAGUUCUUGAAGUUUUUGAAGAUGUUGCUAAGAGUGUUGUUUUCAAUCUGCAUGAGAACUACAAGAACAUUCAUCAGAAAAUCUAUGUCCGAAUAACCAAUCUUCCAGUUUAUGAUCAAAUACGUAAUAUCAGGCAGAUACACUUGAACACAAUGAUUCGUAUAGGAGGAGUUGUCACUCGAAGAUCUGGUGUGUUCCCACAGUUACAGCAGGUGAAGUAUGACUGCAACAAAUGUGGGAUGAUUUUAGGCCCUUUUUUCCAAAACUCUUAUUCUGAAGUGAAAGUGGGGUCCUGCCCUGAAUGCCAGUCUAAAGGACCAUUCACUGUCAAUGUAGAGCAGACAAUUUAUAGGAACUAUCAGAAACUCACUCUUCAGGAGAGUCCCGGGAUUGUACCUGCUGGUAGACUUCCAAGAUACAAGGAAGUGAUACUUCUGAAUGAUCUGAUUGACUGUGCUCGUCCAGGAGAAGAAAUCGAGGUCACAGGCAUAUACACCAACAACUUUGACUUAUCAUUGAACACGAAAAAUGGGUUUCCUGUUUUUGCAACGGUGGUCGAGGCAAACUAUGUCACCAAGAAGCAGGACCUUUUUGCUGCUUACAAACUUACUGAUGAAGACAAGGCAGAGAUCGAAAAGUUGUCCAAGGACCCAAGGAUUGGAGAAAGGAUUGUCAAGUCCAUUGCUCCAUCAAUUUAUGGCCACGAAGACAUUAAGACAGCAAUAGCACUUGCCAUGUUUGGUGGGCAAGAGAAAAAUGUGAAAGGAAAACAUCGAUUAAGGGGGGACAUCAAUGUUCUUCUCUUGGGUGAUCCAGGCACAGCAAAAUCGCAGUUCCUCAAGUAUGUGGAAAAAACUGGCCACAGGGCUGUUUACACUACGGGUAAAGGGGCUUCUGCUGUUGGUCUUACAGCAGCAGUGCACAAGGAUCCAGUGACAAGGGAGUGGACUCUUGAAGGAGGUGCUCUUGUCCUUGCUGACAGAGGAAUUUGUCUAAUUGAUGAAUUUGACAAAAUGAAUGACCAGGACAGGGUUAGCAUUCAUGAAGCCAUGGAACAGCAGAGCAUCAGUAUAUCAAAGGCAGGAAUCGUGACAUCUCUCCAAGCUCGUUGUAGUGUCAUUGCAGCAGCCAAUCCAAUUGGUGGAAGGUAUGACUCGUCAAAGUUAUUCACUCAAAAUGUGGAACUCACAGAUCCGAUUAUAUCUCGAUUUGAUAUCCUUUGUGUUGUUAAGGAUAUAGUUGAUCCUGUUGCCGAUGAACUGCUGGCAAAAUUUGUUGUUGAUAGCCAUGCCAUAUCAACACCAAAAGGAGCCCGUAUAGAUGAUCAUCCAGCAAGCAUGUCCCAGGAUGAUGUACUGACAUCUGCUGGAGCUACUGACUCUGAGAUACUUUCUCAAGAUAUGCUCAAGAAGUACAUAACAUAUUCGAAGUUGAACAUCUUCCCCAAAUUUCAUGAUACUGAUUUGGAUAAGCUCGCAACUGUGUAUACUGAACUGCGUAGAGAAUCAUCUCAUGGUCAAGGAGUUCCUAUAGCAGUCAGGCAUAUUGAAUCGAUGAUUCGGAUGUCAGAAGCACAUGCAAGAAUGCAUCUAAGGAGUUAUGUGACGCAGGAAGAUGCGGACAUGGCAAUUCGGGUUUUGCUAGAGUCAUUCAUCUCAACUCAGAAAUUUGGAGUCCAGAAAGCAUUGCAAAAGAGUUUCAAGAAAUACAUGACAUUUAAGAAGGACUUCAAUGAUCUACUCCUGCAUCUUCUACGUGCGCUUGUGAAGGAUGCUAUCCAUUUUGAAGAAAUUGUAUCUGGAUCAACUGCUCGUCUCACACAUAUUGAGGUGAAGGUGGAAGAGCUACGGAGUAAGGCUCAGGAGUAUGAAAUCUAUGAUCUGAAACCAUUCUUCUCCAGUUCCCAUUUCAAGGACAGCAACUUUGUUCUUGACGAGAGCCGCGGUGUGAUUAGACAUCCAAUUUCACAGUGAAAGAGAUGGCUGCCUUUAUUUAUGACGAUCUAAGUAGUUAUCUUCACUUCGAGAAAUUUAGGUUCGGCCAUCUAUGUGUAUUAUGCUUGAUAUUUGGGAUUGUCCUAUCGACAAGUAACUUUGUGUUUUUCGGUGCAAAGUACGAUUCUGACUUCUUGCAAAUCACAUAUAAUUGCUGCCAGGGGCUCUCAUUUUUCCAAUCACAACUCUGUGAUCUUUGGAUCCAAUGGCAUCUCCCUGUAUACUAUUGGUCUACCUCCAAAGGUCUAAAGCAUAACCUUUGUCAUUC